GUCCUCCCUCCCCUCCCUUUCCCCCUCCCCUGCCUGCCGGCCCCUCCCGGGCGGAGCCUCCCUCCCCGCGGGACCCUGCGCUGCCUUUCGCCGGAGCCGGGCAGCGCCGGAGGCACCGCAGGAUGGACAUCGCUGACCCCGUGGGUGCUGCUGCUCUCCCCAAGCACAUCCUAGAUGUCUGGGUCAUUGUCUUGAUCAUCUUGGCCACCAUCCUCAUCAUGACAGCCCUGGUGCUCUGCCCAGCCACUGCUGUCAUUAUCUAUCGGGUACGGACUCACCCAACGCGUAAUGGCAUCGUGUGAGGUUGCUUCGGAGGUGAUGAGGGAUGGCUGGCUUGCUGAGCAGGGGGGACAGCCAUGGGACCUUGUGCCAGGGACCUCACAGAGCCCAAUGGGGCACCCCAGGAGCUGGGGAGAGAUGUGCAGGAGCUGGGGUGGGUCAGCACCCAGACACCUGCCCCUGUACCUGGCUAUUGCCGGGUGAACCCACUGCCUCCCAUUUACCCACUGAGCUCAUGGGGACCAUCAGGGAGACGGUAGCCUGGACUCCAGCCGGGAGAUGUGUGACUUUGUGGAUGUGUCCAGCUAGAAACAGCUCACUCCCAUGAGGCAGGCAGGCUGGUCUCACCUUUUCUGGCACCUCGUCUCCUCCCAGGCAAGCAGCAAGGAGUGGAAAUGGACAGUAAAGUCAUUUCUUCUUUGAAGCCCCAGCUGUUGGAGUGGUUUGGAAAGAAGGGGCAAAACCGGGAUGGAUGUGGCUUCUGGUUGUGUAUUUGGAGAUCUGGCUGUAAGCAUCGGUGACAGAGCCUGACCCAGCUGCACAGCAGACAUGCAGCUGGCACCAGCGUCUCCUCUAUCAGAGAUCUGCUGAAAUUGUUUGAAAACUCUGUGGAGCACUGGGUUCCUCUGGGUCUCAUGGAGCGGAGGAGCAUGGGCAGCUCCUGCCUGCUGGCUGUGCUUGGUGCUUCUGCACGUAGUGAGGAUCCCCACCACUCAGACAGCAUCCCUGCCCUGGUGGGUGAGGCUCCCUGUCCCUCGCCUGGGCAAGCAGGGAGAGCAGAAGGGUUUCUGCCCAGGCAGAAGUUCUUCGGUUGCCCCUUGCUAUGAAAUAAAUGGACUGUAUUCUA